CGACAUCAUCGCAUUAUCGUCGCCCACCCACCUUCCGCUCCUUCUUUCGCUUCUUCACUCUCGUUCGACAAAGACAAAACCGCAACAAUGACCCGCGCUCAGCAGACCAUCUCCCUCGCCCUCCUCGUCUCCUCUCUCUACCUCGCCCUCUUUCUCGAACUCAUCCCCCUCCCUCCUCUGAUCCAGGAGCAGAUCGUCCCCGUCCUCCCCUUCUGGGCCCUCGUCUCCUUCGGCGCAUUCCUCCUCUUCCGCCUCGGCUGGGGCAUCCUCACCUUCAACGACGUGCCGGAGGCGCACAAGGAGCUCAUGGCUGAGAUUGACCAGGCCAAGACCGAAUUGCGAAAGAUGGGCGUCACUGUCGACUAA